AUGAAUGUGGCGUCUGCCACAAGCGUUUCUCGCGAAGAUAAUGCAUCUGUCAGCACGGGGGUGCCAAUUCCGGCGUUUCCUCCAAACACACAAGAAACGCCCCUCGCAAGCGGACUGCCAUCAUCGCUGGAUUAUCUGGCCGACAUCUCAGCCCACCAUGGCCGGAGCGAGACGGAAUUAAAUCCAAUGAUAAUCGACGAACAGCAGCCUUACUAUGGGUGGAACGAAGUUACGCACGCAGAUUCAUCACAGCGAGCCGGCUUGGCGUUCGACCCUGUGCCCCCUGCGCCGAAAGACAUGCUCCAAUUAUGGCUCGAGCCUCGCACUGAUACUGUGUCUAAUAGCUCGUUAGAUUUGAUGCAUGAGAAUCAACUUCCUCUCAUAAACGAUAAUCUGAUACUUACGCCAGAUCUCCAUCGGCGUUCGGUCGAAAGCAAGUCCGGCAGCGACAAUAUUCCCAAUGAGCGGUUCUUCAAAGUCCAGCGGUGCUGGUUGGCACCACCUAGUGCCGGACGUCUCAUUAAUAGCUUGUGGCGGGAUACUGCAAUGUCUUCAGUCGAUAACAUCUUCUCUGUUCAAUCCUUGCACUUCUCUGAUGACACAAAUGCAGGUCAGGGGUCGCGUUGUGGUUUUGAUGAGGAUUGCAGACGACGACUACAAGCAGCUUACGGACACGACUCUCAUCCCCAGCACACGAACACCGGUAUCUCUCCGGGGACACCUGUUUCAGCAUCUCAUUACUCCAGCUUCCCUCCAGCUGAGAUCUUUGACAUGUCACUUGAUCAUUACUUCCGGCUUUUCCAUCCACUCUUGCCGUUCGUCCAUGUUCCCACUUUCUCUGCGAAUAAAACACGACCAUCACUCCUAUAUGCCAUGACGCUGGUUGGAAUGACGUUACUUGGUACCAAGGGAACUACUGCCUUCGUGUCCAGGAAUUUCUCGACUGUUUUGGAUAAAGUGACAGUCGAGUUUGCGAGAUGCUCAUUAGGUCUCGAAAAUGCUGCUAGCACCAUGACCUUGUUCGCCACAGCCUUGCUGCUAUUGGAGUUGGCAGGCUUGACAGGGAAUAAGGCACAUCUAGAGCAAUGCCAACCCCUUUAUAUCAACGUGAUGUCGGUUGCUCAGCGUCAUGGGCUGUUCUCAGCCACCGAAGGUCAGAUACUGGAUAUGACUUUGUUCGAAUCGGUCCCCGAUAUAGACAUGAGGAUAAUCAUUGGACUCCUCCUCCUAGACUCCUGGUACUCCUCAUUUCUCUCAACAAGUCCAAUAGUACACCCAGACUCGAUUCAAAUCAUUCUUCCUUGCAGCGAAGAUCUUUUUCGCGCACACUCAUCAACCCAGUGGACUCAGCUCAUACGCGGCGGCAAACGCAUUCUCUCAUUGACGAUCCGCGCACCCUCCGAAAAGGUCAACAUCCCAGCCUUAGAAAGUCCUCUAGAAGACUUCUGUGUCCAAUCCGUGUUAUCGAUCGUCCAUCUUCGCCAGUCUGAAGCCUACCAUCGCCUCCUUUCCAACCGAGCCAGCUAUCCCUUUGCACCGUGUCACAUAUACGCCAUGGACGGCCGCGCUAGAUGCCUGCCCUCACUCCAAUCCCAACUCAUCACAGCUUAUGGCGAAAUUCUCGAUCAACUCAACUCAAACACUCUCAUAGCCUGGCAUUACAUGUGCAUGAUGCUGACUGCCGACAUUCAAAUAUUCGAUCUGGCGGCUGGUCGCGCAGGCCCGACUCCUGCUCGGAAGGCUCUAGCAGACAUCCGCGAAUGGUCGCAGACUUCUGCUGCCCGGCGUGCGUGUCUACACGCUGCACACAUAUACAAAGUCAUGACGAACCGAAAGACUUCCGAGCAUCCUUCCUUUCAGUCGGUGUUCUCGCUCUUCUCGGCUGGAUUGGUUCUCGGCCUGUAUACGUUUAUGGUUCCCGAUGUGACAAGCUCAUUGCCAGGAAUUGGUACCGUGGAGCUGAUGGACGAAAUCGACUGGAGAUAUGUUGGAACGGAAGGAUUCACUAACUUCAUGGAGCCGAGAGGGGGCCAGACUUAUCCUUCGACUGAUGAUUCCAGCAUCAACUUCAUUCGAAAUGGUGCUACAAUCUUCCUACGGGGUCAGUCAGUUCAGGGCGGGUAUCAAUCCGCACGUCGUGUUCUUCUGGAUUAUGCUUCUCUUCUCAAAGACUCUGGGAAAGGAACGCUCAACCAAUUUUCUCACAUUCUGUACAUCAUGAGUGAUGUGCUGAUGGAUGUCGAAUAA